GUCAACACACUGAACAUAUUCGCUUUCUAAAUCAAGACGUUCUGUUAUUCUAAUUCGGAGCUAAACCGCGCUUCAUAAAUUGGAAUUGCGCGUCUAUCGUGCAUUUACUGAUUACGGAUAAAUUUAGCUCAAGGGAUCUCUGUUCCUGCAUUUCGAUCACGUGUGGCUUUUGGGCAAUUGUCUUUGCGUGGAAACACGGUGCAGGUGUACUUCGCGGACUAGUAGGCUUGGAAGAUUAGUAGAGCAAGUGCUGAUAUAUCUGGAUUGAAAUCAUGGACCAGAGAGCCAUGAUGGCGAAAAGCAAUGGCGUCGGAGAGACGAACCUUGCGAGAGGCACACCGCCGGGUGCUUCAGGUUCAUCAGGUUCAUCAGGAACCUCGAGAAUGGCAGAUCCUCCCGGAAUAAUGAGGAAUCCAGAGGCAAGAAAUUGGAAUACUGAUAUCCCGAAUGACUUACCUCACGAAAAGGUUUUCCCAAUUCAAAUCGGGACGGAACUUUUUCGGUUGAGUGGUGCUAGUUUGAGUUCUGAUGAGCACCCUCAUACUUUUCCCAAUAUUUUCAAUGUCAAUUGAGGUCGGCGGAAGAGAAUGGCGAAGAUCCAAAUACAGCUAUCAGAACCCUUUAUAUCGAUCGAGAUCCCAUCACGUUCAAAGAUAUAUCACUUCAUUUGCAAGGAUACCAUGUUGCACCAAGAAAUGCAAGUCAUUUUGUUAAAUUAUUUGCAGAUGCUCAAUUCUAUUCAUUACCAAGGCUAAUCUCUCAGCUACAUGAAGAGAAUAUUUUCAUAACAGUCGGAGAUCGAGAAUUUCAAAUUCCUCGCGAGCUAUUUUCUGACCCUGGAAACAGUCCAAACUACUUUUCCCUAAGCUUCACUAUCUUGUUUAGCUCCCCUACUGAGUUGUUCCCCGGCCUGCGUAAGGAAGGUCUCCUUCGACCACCGUCGAUUGCCCCUUCGUCAGUACCCAACCGCUCCUCGAAGACAUUUUCCGAAAUUCUUCAUCUUCUUCGUGGUUACCCACUUGAAAUCCGUAGUCCGGAGCAUCGUGCUGAACUCUUACGAGAUUGUCGAUAUUUCCAUCUUAAAGGCCUCGAACAAAAAUUGAUUCCUCAUUCUAUUGUUUACAAUGUACUACGCAACAAAUCAGAAAUCACAAUCCGACUCGUGGAUAUCAGACAAUCUGGUCUCUCUAUUCUAACAAAUGUUCCUUCAUCUACCGCUCCCUCUCCCGAAUCUCCCACCUCUCCAAACCCACCCCCAACACCAUCUGUAGGUUAUGUACACUAUCAACGUCCGUUUGCCGAUUCAUCGCCCUGCGAGCUUAUUCUCGAAAUAGGUGAUUCGGCUACAUUGCUUCAUUGGAAUACUAUGCGCGUGGAAUUUUUUGGAGAAACGAAGACACGGAUGAGUAAAUUGAUUGAGGUUGUUGCUACGAAACUUAACUUGCCGGUCAAACAACCCUUGGGACUGUUGAUGAAAAAUGGUGGCGCAAACAGUGGGCCGGCUAGUCCGGGCAAUAGUGGAUUGAGUGAGGAGAUGAUUAAGGUGGUUGUUGGAAAAGACUGUGGGGUGGUGUGUGAUGGGAAGGUGGCUGAUUUGAAUGGGGCUACAGACGGGAUUUCCAGUAUCGAUGGUCAAGGAAGUAGUAAAAAGAGGAGAAUAGAAGAUGGGAUUGCGCUUCCGGUAAACGCAAGUGUAGGCCCGGGAGCAAUAAAAGAUGAAAGUUGGAUUGUGAAAUCGGGACAGUGGAGGCUGAGAGUCCAAAAUCGUGGUGGUGCUUUGCAAGGUGCGAGGAUGGGAAUGGGAGUCGGGGGACAGGCUUUUGUAAAUGCGAAGGCGGAGUGGGAGUGUGUGUUGAUAGCUGUGAGAUUGGAUGCUGUUAGUGGGGAAAGGGGGAGGAAUCUAGGGAGGAGGUUUUUAGGUGAGUAAUAUGUGUGGUGGGGAGAUAUUCAGCGAGUGGAAGUGAUAGAAAGAAGGAAUGGAGAGAGAAGAGAUACCGAUAUUUAGGGUUGGUUAUCUCGGGUAUUUGGGGAUAGGUGUAUAGAACAAAAGGGAAAUUAAGCCGGCUGCGGAUCGUUUUGUACAGUGCUGUGAAAGCAAGAUGCUGUAUAGUUGUGGUAUUAUAUUCGUUUUGUUUAUCGUCUUCGAGGAUGAAUGGAUGUUUUGAUUCGACUUUGCGAAAUGUAUCAGCAGAUCUGUCUGAGUAUAGAAAUCCCUAGUGUAUGAGGUCUUGUAAAGUUGAUAUGAAUGUUUACGUUGGAUCUCACUCGUGGCGGAAAAAAGGUUCGGUGUUUGGUUUGAAAGGAUGAGAUUUGCUUCUCGGGUCUGUUUGGCUUUGUUGGAACUUGGAUGCGUGUUGCUUGCUGGUGGCUUCUUGAUGGGGGAUGGUCUUGCAUGGAUGUUUUGUAUAGGAUUGGAUGGAAGGUUGGGAUGGGGAGUUUUUAAUUAGGGGAGAUUUGGGAUUUGGGAUGGAUGAAUGGAUGGAUGGAUGGUGUGGUGAGGUUUGAGGCUUGAGGUUUGAGGUUUGAGUGAUGGGUUUGAGGGUUUGAGGGUUCGUGUUGGUAUUGAGGAUGUAGCAAUAGGGGGAUAUAGUGAUGGGGGAGGGAUAUGCAUGGGAAGAAUGUAAGCUGAAAGCUGGGAAUCCAUGAGUCAGGCCACACAGGUCAAGGUCAAGGUCAAUGAGGAACGGUGAUCAGUCUAGAGGGAGUCUUGAAGUUUAAGAGUAUGUACGAGGAUGAUGGUAUCAAUAGAUUUCUGGUGUUUGAGAUGUUAGCUAGGUAUUGUGGUGGAUUCUGUAGGAUGCUACAUGUCAAUUUCACGGGAGAGGUACGGGUGAAGGGGGGCUGGGCUCCUUGAUGAACAUCACAAUGGACCAAAGAAUAGAAUGCUUAGGUUUAAGAAUCUACAACAUGACUCUCAGAGAGUGGUUCGAUCAUGAAUGGAAGUGAAUAUGUGUGUAACCCA